UCCCCUGGACCCGCCAGCCGUGCCACCGCUCCUUUACGGAGGCGCUUCACUUCCGGGUGUUCCCAGGGGUGGAAGCGACCACGGCACGAAAGACAAGGGACUACAGACUCAGGACCGGUCAGCGCCAUGGGCAGCAGCUGCCGCAUUGAAUGCAUAUUCUUCAGCGAAUUCCACCCAACGCUAGGACCCAAAAUUACCUAUCAGGUCCCUGAGGAUUUCAUCUCCCGAGAGCUGUUUGACACUGUCCAAGUGUACAUCAUCACCAAGCCCGAGUUACAGAACAAGCUUAUCACUGUCACGGCCAUGGAGAAGAAGCUGAUUGGCUGCCCUGUAUGCAUUGAACACAAGAAGUACAGCCGCAAUGCCCUCCUCUUCAACUUGGGCUUCGUGUGUGAUGCUCAGGCCAAGACUUGUGCCCUUGAACCCAUUGUUAAAAAGCUGGCUGGCUACUUGACCACACUGGAGCUCGAAAGCAGCUUUGUGUCCACAGAGGAGAGCAAGCAGAAGUUGGUGCCUAUCAUGGCCAUCUUACUGGAAGAACUAAAUGCCUCUGGCCGGUGCACUCUACCCAUUGAUGAAUCCAACACCAUCCACUUGAAGGUGAUUGAGCAGCGGCCUGACCCUCCUGUGGCUCAGGAGUAUGAUGUGCCUGUCUUUACCAAAGACAAAGAGGAUUUCUUCAAUUCACAGUGGGACCUCACCACACAGCAGAUCCUGCCCUACAUUGAUGGCUUCCGCCAUGUCCAAAAGAUCUCUGCUGAGGCAGAUGUGGAGCUCAACCUGGUGCGCAUUGCCAUUCAGAACCUGCUGUACUAUGGUGUUGUGACACUGGUCUCCAUCCUCCAGUACUCCAAUGUGUACUGCCCGACUCCAAAAGUCCAGGACCUGGUAGAUGAUAAGUCCUUGCAGGAGGCAUGUCUCUCCUACGUCACCAAACAAGGGCACAAAAGGGCCAGUCUCCGAGACGUAUUCCAGCUGUACUGCAGUCUGAGCCCCGGCACCACUGUGCGAGACCUCAUCGGCCGCCACCCCCAGCAGUUGCAGCACGUCGAUGAGAGGAAGCUGAUCCAGUUUGGGCUUAUGAAGAACCUCAUCCGGAGACUACAGAAGUAUCCAGUUCGAGUGUCUCGGGAGGAACGGAGCCACCCUGCCCGCCUUUACACGGGCUGCCACAGCUAUGAUGAGAUCUGCUGCAAGACAGGCAUGAGCUACCACGAACUGGAUGAGCGACUAGAAAACGACCCCAACAUCAUCAUUUGCUGGAAGUGAGGCUGACUGGAGCGUAUUGCUAUGGCCACGUGCCCCUGCUACGCCCUCAUUGGUCCACGGGGGCCAGACAAGUAGGCUUGUGCAUAUGGUCUGGAGGUGAUCCUCGGUUCUGUGAAUCAAGUCAUCUCUUUCGUCCUGUGGAGUUUUGAAUACUGGCUCAGCCAAUCACUAAAGACGUGAAUGUGCUAGUCAUGCCAGCUAGCCUGGCCUGGCUGGAGUGCCAUCUAGUGGACAGAAGUGGCAAUGGCCAAGUAAACAGUAUGGUUUUGGUUUGG